AUGGGCAACGAGGCGAGCUUGGAAGGGGAAGGGCUCCCCGAAGGGCUGGCGGCGGCCGCAGGCGGGGCUGGCGGCUCGGGGAGCGCCCUGCACCCCGGAAUCCCAGCCGGCAUGGAGGCGGACCUGAGCCAGCUGAGCGAGGAGGAGAGGAGACAGAUCGCUGCUGUCAUGUCAAGGGCGCAGGGGCUGCCCAAGGGAAGCGUCCCCGCGGCCGCUGCGGAGUCGCCUUCUAUGCACAGGCACGCACAGCAUGAUGGAGAGGUCCAGACAUAUAUAUACCGCUUCCCGUGCACGAAACAAGAGUUGGAUAGUAGUCAGUCUCCUAAACAACCCGGAAAGCCCCCAGAUCCUGGGCGACCGGCUCAGCCUGGACUCAGUAAAAGUAGAACUACAGACACGUUUAGAUUGGAGCAGAAGUUGCCUGGAAGGAGUCCGUCUACUAUUAGCUUGAAAGAAUCAAAGUCCAGAACUGAUUUUAAGGAUGAGUACAAGCCUAGUUUGAUGCCUGGUUUCUUCUCAGACGUUAACCCUUUAAGUGCUGUCUCCUCUGUAGUAAAUAAAUUCAACCCUUUUGAUUUGAUAUCAGACUCUGAGGCAUCCCAGGAGGAAACAACACGGAAACAAAAAGUUGCUCAGAAGGACCAAGGGAAAUCGGAAGGAAUCAUAAAACCUCCCUUACAACAGCCCUCACCCAAGUCGGUUCCGAAACAGCAAGGGCCAGUGAAGGAAGUGAUGCAGCAGGACCCCUCUCCCAAGUCAGCAUCUUCCCAACAAGCAGAAAAAAUGAAACCACAAGCCCCCAGCACAGGAAAGCCUUCCCCGGCAUCUUCCCAGCCUCUGCAGACGGACCAGACAAAGCUGCCUAUUGAAAGAGAUGCAGUCAGGCCUCAGACUAAACCUUCAGAACCAGGAAAGCCUGCCCAGCAGAGCCCGGUCAAAACACCAGCUCAGCAAGCAAGUCCUGGGAAAUCUGCAGCCCAACAACCCGGACCUGCAAAGGCAACAGUCCAGCAGCCAGGGCCAGCAAAGUCCCCAGCUCACCCAGCAGGGACAGUGAAGGCUCCAGUGCAACCUCCAGUGACAUCCAAGCCGUCAGGGCAGCAGGCUGGAGUCGAGAAGACUUCAUCUCAGCAGCCCGGGCCAAAGCCUUUAAUGCAAGCUCCUGGCCUUGGAAAGAUUCCACCAGGGCCGGUAAAGUCCCCGGCUCAGCAGCCAGGAACAGCAAAACUCCCAGCUCAACAAACUGGCCCACAGCCUCCAGCUAAGGUACCUGGGCCUACAAAGACUCCUCCAACUCAGCAAUCUGGACCUGGGAAGACACCAGCUCAACAGCCAGGCCCAGCAAAGUCUUCACCUCAGCAACCGGUUCCAGCAAAGCCUCAGCCUCAGCCUCAGCAGCCUACCCCAGUGAAACCCCAGCCUCAGCAGCCAGCUCCUACAAAGCCUCCACAACAGACCACUCCACCCACCCCAGCAAAGCCCCAGCCUCAACAGCCCACCCCAGCAAAACCCCAGCCUCAACAACCCAUCCCAGCAAAACCCCAGCCUCAACAACCCAUCCCAGCGAAACCCCAGCCUCAACAGCCCGCUCCAGCGAAACCCUCAGCUCAACAACAGCCUAUGAAACCGACAAGCCAAACGGUCUCUGGAAAACCUCUGCAGCCACCACCGACUUCUGCAGCACAGACUCCAAGACAAGACCUCUCCAAAACCAUCUGUCCCCUUUGCAACACCACUGAACUUCUGUUGCAUAGUCCAGAAAAGGCCAAUUUUAACACAUGCACUGAGUGUCAGACCACCGUCUGUAGCCUCUGUGGUUUUAACCCCAACCCUCACUUAACCGAGAUCAAAGAGUGGCUCUGUUUAAACUGUCAGAUGCAAAGAGCUCUAGGAGGUGAACUGGCUCCAAUCCCAUCCUCACCCCAGCCCAGCCCGAAGGCUGCCUCUGGACCUCCUGCAGUCGCGGCCAGCAAGCCACCGGUACCAUCACAGCCGGCUUCCCCCAAGAAGGAACCUCCACCCAAACAGGACAGCCCCAAACCACCUGAGUCGAAAAAGCCACCGCCUCUGGUGAAGCAGCCAACCCUUCAUGGACCAACCCCAGCUACAGCCCCAAAGACUCCAGUGGCAGAGGCCUUACCUGAGCCAGCCCCUCCCAAGGAGCCUUCUGCACCCCUACCUGAACAAGCCAAGGCACCUGUUGCAGAUGUUAAACCAAAGCAGCCCAAGAUGGCAGAGCCGCGCGCUGACGUUCAAUCUUCAGCAGCGGCAACAAAGCCUGAUGUUCUGAGCUCUCAAGUGCAGCCACAGGCUCAAGUGCAAACAGCCCCUCCUUUGAAAAUGGACUCUGCCAAACCUUCCCAAAGUUUCCCACCAACAGGAGAAAAAACCACCCCAUCUGAUUCUAAAGCCAUGCCUAGGCCUGCAUCAGACUCAAAAAUUAUUUCACAUCCGGGGCCCAGUUCUGAGAGCAAGGAUCCAAAGCAUGUUGAUCCAACUCCCAGAAAGGAAGAGCCUAAGAAAGCACAAACCAAGAUGAGUCCUAAACCAGAUGCCAAACCAGUGCCAAAAGGGUCACCGACACCCUCUGGCCCACGACCUACCCCUGGUCAAGCUGCAUCCCCAUCUCACCAGCCCCUAAAGCCUCAGGAGCAACCAAGGCGUUUCAGUUUGAAUCUGGGUAGUAUCACCGACGCCCCCAAAUCACAACCUACAACUCCUCAAGAAACUGUGACAGGGAAGCUGUUGGGGUUUGGAGCAUCCAUCUUUAGCCAAGCAUCAAGCUUAAUUUCCACAGCAGGCCAGCCCGGACCUCAUCCACAGACUGGGCCGGUGGCCCCAACGAAGCAAGCCCCUACUCCAUCAGAGCCUCCUGCAGCUCCUAAAUCCACAGGUCAGCUCCCACCAGCACCUGCCAAGGCGCCACUUGUGAGGAAGGAAACAAAAGCCCCAAACGCUGAGAGCUCAGAGUCCAAACCUGAGCAAGCUCCAGCAGCGAAGAGGCUAGAGAAAGACAAGAAGCCCCCACCCGGUAAGGUCAGCAAACCUCCACCCGCCGAGCCUGCAAAGGCCCUGCUCACCCCCAAACCAGACAAGACCACCAAAUCGGAGGCAACCUGUCCGCUCUGCAAAACUGAACUCAACAUAGGCUCUCAGGAUCCUCCCAACUUCAACACUUGCACAGAGUGCAAGAGUCAAGUGUGCAAUCUCUGUGGAUUUAACCCAACACCCCACUUGACUGAGUCCUGCCAAGAACUGGGAAACAUGGCCAGGCUGUGCAUCCAUGCUUCCUUCUUUGCACUGCCCACUCUGCAACUCAGCAGCAGUAACAGCUGUGGCUUAGGUGAGACCACACCUUUGCUUCCUCAAGUCCUGGGGCAGUCUGGAGGUGGUGGUAGCCAUGCCACCAAAGCGGAUUCAGGAAUGGCUUUGCUUAAAUUGCCAGACGCAGAGAGCAAUUUCAGGUCAACUUGGAGAUACAGGCAAAAUGCCUCCUGUAUCAUCAGAAUCCAAGGCAUCUCCUGUGCCUGCCCCUGCAGAACCACCAUCUCAGAAAGCACCCACGUGGGCCCCGAAAAAGAAACACCAUUAACUGAGAAAACCCCUGCACCGGUCACCGUAGAUCAAAAACCAGAAGAGAGUAAAGUAGAGAAAAGUAAAAUUUCAGCCUGGAAAGAAAAGAAAUCACCCUCUGAAGAGGAAAAACUACUCCCCGAAGAUAAAACGAGAAAGAAGUCACUUGAGGAAAAGUCGGCCCCUGCUGAAGAAAAACCACCGCUUGAAGGAAAGAAGCCAACCCCCAGAGAUAAGGAGUUACCCCCAGAAGUAAAGCCACUGGCCUUGGAGGGGGCAGAGAAACAGGAAGUACUUCAAGCUCAAGCACAAAUUCCUGAAGAGCCCACAGCAGGGGUAGCCGCCAAGGCAGUGGGAGAAGAGGGGCAGCCCGAGGCCAGGACUGAAGAUCUGCCCAGGGACACACCUCAGACUUUGCCCAAGGAAGGAGGCAGGGAAAGCGGUGCAGAGAAACCGCCACCGGCGGAAGGCAGCGCCAAGUCUGACCUGGUGGAGCCUGGCAAAGAAAAACCAGAAAAGGAAGAGGACAAGUCCGAGACCUCCAGUUCUCAGCAGCCCAAGAGCCCACAAGGUCUGAGUGACACGGGCUACUCUUCUGAUGGAAUAUCAGGUUCUCUUGGUGAGAUCCCAAGUCUUAUACCAAGCGAUGACAAAGAUUUGCUCAGAGGACUCAAGAAGGACUCUUUCUCACAAGAAAGCAGCCCUUCCAGCCCCUCGGACCUAGCAAAGCUGGAAAGCACAGUACUAUCCAUUUUGGAAGCUCAGGCGAGUACACUGGGUGACAAAUCAGAAAAGAAAGCCCAGCCCCAGAAGGUUUCUCCUGAGCAGCCUCAGGACCAGCAAAAGCCUCAGAUCCAGUCUGAAAUGCUGGAUAUGGCUGUUUCAGAAGAAGAGGUCAAAGAGAGCCAAGAAAAGAAAGAAAGUUCAAGAAGGGAGAGCCAACAAGGCUUUCCUCCCAGGAAGGACCAUAAAGAAAAACCUGGGCUGGUUGAUGACCUAAGUCCAAGAAGAGCAUCCUAUGAUUCCGUGGAAGACAGCAGCGAAAGUGAAAACUCCCCUGUCGUACGUCGAAAGCGGAGAACUAGCGUUGGCUCCUCCAGCAGCGAUGAGUAUAAACAGGAAGACAGUCAAGGUUCGGGGGAAGAGGAGGACUUCAUACGAAAACAGAUUCUCGAAAUGAGUGCGGAUGAGGAUGCUUCUGGCUCUGAGGACGAUGAGUUCAUCCGGAGUCAGCUCAAGGAGAUUGGCGGUCUUCCUGAGAGCCAGAAGCGGGAAGAAGCAAAAGGCAAAGGGAAAAGCCCAGUGGGGAAGCACAGACGGCUGACUCGCAAGAGCACCGCUAGCUUUGAUGAUGACGCAGGGAGACGUCAUUCCUGGCAUGACGAGGACGACGAAACAUUUGACGAAAGUCCUGAGCUCAAAUUCCGAGAAACUAAAAGUCAGGAGAGCGAAGAACUUGUCGUUGCUGGAGGCGGAGGGUUACGUCGUUUUAAGACGAUCGAGCUCAACAGCACGACAGCAGAUAAAUACUCCGCGGAGUCGUCUCAGAAAAAAACGACUUUGUAUUUUGACGAAGAGCCAGAAUUAGAAAUGGAAAGUCUGACAGACUCACCUGAGGACAGAUCGAGGGGAGAGGGGUCCUCUAGUCUCCAUGCAUCCAGCUUCACUCCUGGCACGUCCCCGACGUCAGUGUCGUCACUUGACGAGGACAGUGACAGCAGCCCCAGCCACAAGAAAGGGGAGAGCAAACAGCAGCGCAAAGCGCGGCACCGGACGCAUGGCCCUCUCUUGCCCACCAUCGAAGAUUCUUCGGAGGAGGAAGAAUUGCGAGAGGAGGAAGAACUGCUAAAAGAGCAAGAGAAGCAGCGGGAGUUGGAGCAGCAACAAAGGAAAAGUUCUAGUAAGAAAUCAAAGAAAGACAAAGAUGAACUUCGAGCUCAGAGAAGGAGAGAGAGACCUAAGACGCCACCCAGUAAUCUCUCUCCCAUUGAGGAUGCGUCUCCCACGGAAGAAUUGCGCCAGGCGGCCGAAAUGGAGGAGCUCCACAGGUCCUCUUGUUCUGAGUACUCACCUAGCAUAGAAUCAGACCCGGAAGGAUUUGAAAUCAGCCCCGAGAAAAUAAUAGAAGUCCAAAAAGUUUAUAAAUUGCCUACAGCUGUGUCUUUGUACUCACCCACAGAUGAGCAAUCUGCGAUGCAGAAAGAAGGUGUUCAGAAGGCCCUGCGGAGUGCUGAGGAGAUGUACGAAGAAAUGAUGCAAAAAACCCACAAAUACAAAUCUUUCCCAGCUGCAAAUGAGCGAGACGAAGUGUUUGAAAAAGAGCCGCUGUACGGGGGCAUGUUAAUAGAGGACUACAUUUAUGAAUCUUUAGUAGAGGACACAUACAAUGGAUCUGGAGAUGGCAGUCUGCUCACAAGGCAAGAGGAACAAAAUGGAUUUCUGCAGCAGAGAGGGAGAGAGCAAAAAAUAAGACUCGCCGAACAGAUUUACGAUGAUCCUAUGCAGAAAAUCACAGACCUCCAGAAAGAAUUUUAUGAGUUAGAAAGCUUACAUUCCAUUGUGCCUCAAGAAGACAUAGUCUCGAGCUCGUAUAUCAUUCCAGAAAGCCACGAGAUAGUGGAUCUGGGCACCAUGGUAACUUCUACCAGCGAGGAAAAGAAGUUAUUAGAUGCUGAUGCUGCCUAUGAAGAACUUAUGAGGCGGCAGCAGAUGCAGGUAACAGAUGGAGCCAGUCCUCCACAGACCACCAUCGGGGAUGACAUGACAGAGUCCACUAUGGAUUUUGACAGGGUGCAAGAUGUGUCUUUGACAUCAAGCAUCCUUUCUGGAGCAUCUCUUACAGACUCAACCAGCAGCGCCACUCUCUCUAUCCCAGAUGUUAAGAUAACCCAACAUUUUUCAACGGAAGAACUUGAAGAUGAAUAUGUAACUGAUUAUACCAGAGAAAUUCAAGAAAUAAUUGCCCAUGAGUCGCUGAUAUUGACCUACUCCGAGCCUUCAGAAAGUGCGGCAUCUGUCCCCCCCUCCGACACACCUUCUCUUACGUCAUCGAUUUCUUCGGUCUGCACCACGGACAGCUCCUCACCCGUUGCUCCCCUGGACAGCAUAACGGCUGCUUAUACAGAGCCAGCGGGCGGAAUAAGUAAACUUGAAGACUCUGAGGAAAUUUCUUCCUCGACUUAUUUUCCAGGCAGUGUCAUAGACUAUCCGGAAGACAUAGGCGUGUCCUUAGAUCGGACCAUCAUGCCUGAAAGUAGAACUGGUGGUGAACAUGCUCUGAUUUCCUUCUCUAGUAUGGCCCCUUCAGUCACAGAAACUGUAGGAGCUAAAACUGACAGGCCACACGCUGACACCGUGUCCACGGACUUACCUACAUCUGAAAAAGAUCCCAUAAAAGGCAAGACAGAAACUGGGGAUGGAAUUAUUCUAGAGGUUUUGGAUGCUUACAAGGAUAAAAGGGAAGAGUCUGAGGCUGAGUUUGCAAAAAUCAGCUUACCUGAAACUGGGUUUGUCCAAACACCUCCUUCUGUAAUAGCCCCUCAGAUGACAGAACAGCCAGUAUCUCCAUAUUCUGUAUCUGGAAAGGUCUCGGGUCAGGAAAAGCCCACAUAUAGGUUACCAUCGGCCGGUCCUCCUGUUUCUACCCACCCACCUAAAUCUCAUCCAUUUUUCCGGAGUUCGUCUUUGGACAUAUCGGCCCACAACUUCACCUAA